AUGGUCGUUCGUAUUCGCCUUGCUCGAUUUGGCCGUCGCAAUCUCCCCUUUUACCACAUUGUGGUCGCCAAUGCACGCACAGCUCGCAACAGCAAGCCUAUCGAAAAGAUUGGCACAUACAACCCCAUUCCUGACGAGACCGGCAACAAGAUGAUCAACUUGAACUUCGAUCGCGCAAAAUAUUGGCUUACCGUGGGAGCACAGCCUUCUGAAACUGUAGAGAAGCUUCUUGUCAAGGCCGAUUUGAUUCCUCAACCACCGAAGCCUUGGAUGAAAGAAGCAGCAAAACGAUUCGAAUCUUCAUCAUCAGCAUAA